AUGUCGAAAUUUCUUUCCAACAAAGAUGAGAUUGGUCCAUCAGUGGGCAGCGCCAUCGAAAUCAGCCACCAUGACCAUCCUCGCCAUAGCGAAAGCCAGAUAACUACUGGAGAGCCUAGGAACCCCCUUGAAGGUAUUCCCCGAGAACAACUCAAGAUCGACGCAAGACUCUUCGCCAUUGGUCUUGGCCUGCAGAACGAAAUCACCUAUUUCGAAAAGGGGGCUUUGGCGGCCCAGAGUCCGAAAGCCUACGAGGACAUAGCGGAGCUCACCGAAGAUGACCGAGUUAUUUUGAGAAACGAAGUUGAGCAUCGCUGGAGGCACCCCAAAGCACUCUAUUUCACUAUUCUUAUGAACUCGAUCAGUGCAGCAAUCCAGGGUUGGGAUCAAACGGGCUCAAAUGGGGCCAAUUUGUCAUUUCCGCAAGCCUUUGGAAUCGCGGAUAAAGGUGAAGACUGCCUAGCUGCUGGAACAUGCGCAAGGAAUUCCUGGAUCAUUGGUGCCAUCAAUAGUGCGCCAUAUAUGGCCAUUUGCGUCAUCGCUUGCUGGCUGUCUGAUCCCGUCAAUAAUUGGGUUGGAAGAAGAGGUGCAAUCUUUCUUGGUGCUAUCUUUAGCAUCCUUGGUCCCGUUGGCCAAGCGCUUUGCCAGACUUGGCCACAAAUCUUGUUCUGCAGGAUCCUUCUUGGCAUGGGAAUGGGACUCAAAGAAGUCACCGUGCCGGUUUUCUCAGCCGAAAAUUCGCCACCUAACAUACGUGGAGCGCUCGUAAUGUCGUGGCAACUUUUCAGCGCUUUCGGUAUCAUGCUUGGAUUUCUUGCAAACCUUGCUGUGGCCGGAUUUGGGGACAUCGCCUGGAGACUGCAGCUUGGUUCUGCCAUGAUACCCGCGGUACCACUGCUUUUUGGAAUUUACCUCACCCCCGAGUCGCCCAGAUGGCUAUUGAAGAAGUGCAGGUUUUCCGAAGCCUACGAGUCACUCUUGAGAUUGCGAGGCAGCAAUCUGCUCGCAGCCAGAGAUCUUUACAUCGUCAAUGCUCAGCUAGAAUUGGAGCAGGAGCUGAUAGAAGCUGACGGGCUUGGUAAACGCAACUUUUUCACUAGGUGCAUCGAGUUAUUCACCAUUCCGAGGAUCCGUCGGGCGACACAAGCAUCGGGCAUUAUCAUGGCUGCUCAGCAAUUCUUCAAUCUCAUGUCUUUCUACUCCUCGACUCUCUUUGAGGAAGCAGGAGCAAGCAACACAGUUGCUCUCCUAGCCUCGUGGGGAUAUGGAAUGGCGAUGUUCAUAUUUGCGAUACCGGCUUUGUGGACCAUCGAUCGCUGGGGACGUAGAGCGUUGCUUUUGGCCACCUUUCCGAACAUGUGCUGGGCUCUGCUUGCAACAGGCAUGGCAUUCCACGUUCCACAGAGCAGUCCUGCACACCUCGGAGUCAUCUGCCUAUUCAAUUAUCUCUUUGCUGCCUUUUAUGGUCCGGGUCAAGGACCCGUCGCGUUCGUCUACUCUGCCGAAGUCUUCCCUCUAUCGCAUCGUGAGGUUGGCAUGGCUUGGGCAGUCGCGACGAACAACUUUUGGGCUAUCAUAGUUGCACAAACUUCACCACCCCUUCUCCAGGCGAUUAGACCUCAAGGGGUUUUCACUCUCUAUUCUGUCUUCGGGGUUAUAUGUUUAGUUCUCAUCUUCUUCUUUCUUCCAGAGACGAAACAGCGUUCCCUUGAAGAGCUCGACGAUAUCUUCUCGGUUUCAACUAGGCGGCAUGCCUACUAUCAACUUAAAGAGGCCUUGCCAUGGUGGUUCAAGCGCUACAUCAUGCGGAAGGAAGAUGAACCUGAGCCUACGUUAUAUUGUUUCGAAGUGGAUAAAAACACCGGGUCAGGAGCUAAGUCCCAGUCUUUUGAGACUCGUGAGGAGUUGGCAGGGGGAUAA